GCGUUUACGCUUGAGAUCGCUAGAUAAGUUCAGCAUUAGAUUGCUUUUGCAGCAACUGAGAGGAGUUGUUAGUGAAGUUGAAAAUGACUACUUAGAACUCCAGCUUUGCCACACGAGCGAAAGUGUCUUUUUUUAAAAUUAUUAUUAUAAGCUAUUAUUACAAUUUUACGUUUAAGGAAGGCGUUCUGUACAUUUGCAAUAAUUACAGCAUGGCAACUCGCGAGCUACGACAGUACCGCCGGGCCGCUAUGAAUAUCAAGCAGGAGCAGGACGACGACUCCGACAACGAGGAGCCGAAUCUGGGACUGAAGAAGUCGGAUGGGGACGAAUCUCAGGUCAUUCACAGCGGCCACUUCAUGGUCUCUUCCCCGCACUUCGAACAUCCACCAAAAAAAGGUUACGACUUCGACACGGUCAACAAGCAGACCUGUCAGACCUACCACUUCGGGAAGACCAGCACAUCGCACAUCUCCAUUGACGCCUCUCUCACAAAACUCUUCGAAUGCAUGACCCUUGCUUACAGCGGGAAACUGGUGUCGCCGAAAUGGAAGAACUUCAAAGGGCUGAAGCUGCUGUGGAGGGACAAGAUUCGCCUGAACAAUGCCAUCUGGAGGGCCUGGUACAUGCAGUACGUGGAGAAGAGGGAGAACCCAGUGUGCCAUUUUGUCACCCCCCUGGAAGGAAGCAUCACCUCUGAGGAGCACCGCCAGGCUGAGACAAUAGCCACAGAGGGAAAAUACUGGAAGAGAAGAAUUGAAAUAGUCAUCCGGGAGUACCACAAGUGGAGGACGUAUUUCAAGAAAAGGCUACAGAAGCACAAAGAUGAAGACCUGUCCAGCCUCCUCAAAGGGGCGGAGGAACAGUUUUCGCUGUUUGGGGAGAUCUUUCCCGACACCCGCCGUGUCUCCCUUUGCCAGGACGAGGAGGUGGCGGCGGCGGGGGGAGGGGUGGGGGCGGGCCGACGGGUGGCGCGAAAAAGCCGCGAGUCGCCCAUUCCCAUGGAGAUGGACCCGCUCUUCGACAUGGACGUGCUGAUGUCCGAGUUCUCGGACACACUCUUCUCCACCCUGUCCUCUCAUCAGCCCAUCGCCUGGCCCAACCCCAGGGAGAUCGCUCAUGCUGGUAACGCUGACAUGAUCCAGCCGGGCCUGAUCCCCCUGCAGCCCAACCUGGAUUUCAUGGACACGUUUGAGCCUUUACAAGACUUGUUUCACACCCUCCGCCAGCCAGCAUAUUCCUCCGCCUCCCUCUCCACGUCAGCCAUGCUUCCAUCGCCUAGCAACAGCUCUCAGACUCAGACCUCCCUGCUGCACCCGGCCCUCUCUGCGGAUUCCUCGUCUGUCAGUCUGGACCACCGGCUCAUUGGCUCACCCGCCCCCGGCUCCGCCCCCAUGGUACCAGCAUUGGCCAAUCACAGCAGCGGAAGCUCCGCGGUCCUUGGCUACGCCCAGCACUACGUGCCCCAGUACUCAGGGGGCCUGCCCCCGAUGUCCAGCACCGCCAACGCGAACAUGACCGUCGCCGCCGACCCGUCGGCCCUGCCCCCGAUGCAGGCCCCGCCUCCCGGCCCCGCCCCCAUGCCCCUCCCCCUGCAGGGCCAGGUUUCCACGGCGACCCCGCCCCCGUCCGUCAUCACGCACACGGCCUCCUCCACCGUCCCGCCCAGCGAAGCCGCCACCACCUUCAGCCAGAGCUCGGGAUUCACUCUUCCCAGAAUGCCCUGCAAAAGCACGCUCCAGCCCACGUCGGUCCCGCAGCCCACCCAGACCUUCGCCCUGCCCAAACCCAUCCAGCCCUCCAGCGCAGCCAAGAAGGCCCGGCCUGUACAGAGGAUAGUGCCCGCCAGCACCAUCCCCGCCCAGCACCUCAUCUUAGCAGCUCCCUUUCCGGGGCACCCCAACGCAGUGAUCGUCACGCCCAGCCCCUUAAAGGCCGACGUGCUCCCCCAGACUGGAGUGGUCAUCACCUCCUCACUCGGACGGGCUCCUGGGUUCCACAUCCCGCAGUCUCAGAAGUCUCCACAGGCGAUCGUCCCCAAAGAGGAGACGGCCUCCUCCUCAAACGCGGAAGCAGCGCUCGCCAGCAGCAGGAGGUCACCCCGUCAUCACCUGUGACAGGGGUCUCCUUGCGCCCCGGACCAGGUCCCCAGCCCCCAGUCGCCCCAUAACAGCUGCAGCAGCCUGGGGAAGAACGAGUCCAACCAGAGUCGGAGGGUGAAUCACAUUUCCGCCGAGCAGAAGAGACGCUUCAACAUCAACAUCGGCUUCAAGACGCUGUGCAGCCUGGUUCCCACACUCAAGUCCCAGAGCAACCUGAAGCCCAUCAGCAACGCGGCGACGCUGCAGAAGACUGUGGAGUACAUCGGGAAACUGCAGCAGGAGAGACUCAGCAUGCAGGAGGAGACCAAGCGGCUCCGCGAGGAGAUCGAGGAGCUCAACGCCUCCAUCAGCUCGUGUCAGGAGCAGCUGCCGGCCACAGGAGUGCCCAUCACGCGGCACCGCUUCGACCACAUGCGCGACAAAUUCGACGAGUACGUCAAGAGCCGGACCCUGCAGAACUGGAAGUUCUGGAUCUUCAGCAUCAUCAUCAGACCUCUUUUCGAGUCCUUUAACGGCGCGGUGUCCACCAGCAGCACGGAGGAGCUGUGUCAGACCACCCUGCUGUGGCUGGACCAGCACUGCUCUCUGCCUGUGCUCAGGCCCAUGGUGUUGGGUACACUUCGCCAACUCAGCACCAGCACAGCCAUCCUGGCCGACCCAGCGCUGCUGCCCGAGGAAGCCGCCCGCGCCGUCACCAGCAUCCACAAGGGGGCAGGAGAGUCCUAGCCCCACAGAGACCGGGAGGGCUGGAGAAGAGGAGAGCUGGAGGCGGGGCUUCAGUCUCGCUCCCCCCACCCCCACACCCCCCACCCCUCGCUGGCAGUUGUCCUGUUGGUGCUCCUUUUCUGUGCAAGCAACACCGCCAGUGAUACAGGGGGCGCUGUUUUCAGGAGUUCCACUUCUUCCGUGCCUUCUUGUGACUUGCACAACGUUACCAGCUGAUUGGUCCACAGAGCUCUAUAACCUCUCUGGAUUGGUUGGCCUCCAGAAAAAUGAGAUCGUCUUCAAGGGGGAGGCGUUUGUUAGAAAAUUUCUUUGGCGAAAUUUUAGGCCAUUUAAUUUAGAAUUAGCUCUUACCUUUUUUUUUAGUUUUUAGUUUCUUUAAGCCAGUUAGUACAUGAUGAAAAGAAACCAACACCAGCGAAAACGGGAAAUACGAAUAGCUACCUAUAAAGGGAAUGAGGUUGCCGCGGUAACCUGCGACUCUUGCUGGAUUUAGACUGUCAGCUUUCGUCGCGCUGGAGAAGUGCAAACCAAAGGGAGAAGGAGGGCGGGCGCGUCUCAGCCGCGGCGUACGAACCCGACUCCUCCUGUGAGCCUCGCCACCGCGGGAAGCGUUACCUCACCUGGCGGUAUUGGGGGGGGGGGGGGGAUGGGCCGCGUGGCGACCGCCGUUUCCGCCGCGGACUCAUUCCGCUGCUCAGGGGGCCCCGCGGGACUCUGGGACUGCGCGCGGCUGCUCUCGGCUCGAGGGCGGCGAUGGCGAGGUUCGUGUGUGAAUGUUUUGAAUUGUUCUUUUUUUUUUCGUUGUUGUUGCUGUUGCUGUUCGGCACUCUUCACUCCUGGAUCCGGACAUGCCCAGUUUGAUUAAAUAUCCCUUCGCUCGCUGGCACUGCUGGUUCGUCAGGCACCGGCAUAGGUUUUUAUUUUUAUUUUUAUUUUUAUUUUUACCACUCCGUCGGUAAUCUCACGAUGGGUGAACUCUGGAACGUGGAAAUCUGCGUAUCCGCUGAUCUCUCUCCAUCGCCUGCCUCAGUGUUACUGCAUAGAGGCUGCCCACAGAGGCCACGGAACAGGGAUCAGCGAGCAUCAAACUCUGUGUAAAAACCGUCUCUGUAAAUACCACCGUGCCCUGGCUGUGUUCCUGCUGCUGCCUGCCUAUCAAAUCAAAAUCUGCUGGGAAAUCCCCAGAAAAUUUGGUACCAAGGGCCACGUGUACGGAAGCCGAAUGUGGGAGCUGAGUGCGUUACUGUCGGUAUGAGGUCAGUGACUCGUUUACUAAGAUUAGGGUACAAAGCGGGCAGUAGUUCCACAGCCUGGGGAAAUGGCCGUCUACAGCUCACUGCACAAACGCACGCGUGAACGUUUUAAAACAAUGUUUGUUGUGCACAGCGAGGUAUCCACACGGCUUGCAAUAAAGAUGGCGGAUGAGGGAACGCCUUCCACGCUAAAGCCAGCUGAGCUCUCCUUUGCCCGAAUAAUAGCUCAGAUCUGCUGUCUGUGCAGAAUGUAACGAAGGUGCCAACACAAAAUGCACAACAGUAAAAAUAAAAAUGGAAAAGACUUGCCCAGGUGGAGGUAGGAAAGAAGUCAGUUGCCAGGAUGUCCCCCGAUGGCUCGAUAGUGCCUCCGCUGGUCACUUGUGUGCCUGCAGUCUGCCUGUGCCAGAGGUACAAAUGCAAAGUUGUUUUUUAAAUAAAUAAAAAAAUACAGAUGAAACGAGUAUAGUUGAGAUAUUUGCGGUGACUCUCAGUUUUACGUGGGUAUAAAUCACUCGGAAGAUGAGAGUGAGCACCUGCUGCUCUGAGAUCUUAAACGU